AUGUCUUCGCAAUCUACUUCAGCCGAGCCGGGUCUGUCCAACAACAAGAAGCGGAAGUUCCAACAAACCCUCGAUGUCUACUUCAGCAACAAGAAAAAUAAGACAUCCACAGAUACCAAGUCUGAGUUAGAGCUUGCGCCGAAGCCAGAGCUUACCGCCCCCUUUCGCUUCCUCGACCUCCCUCGCGAACUCCGCGAUAUUAUCUACGACUACGCGCUUGAACCACUGAGCGACCACAAGUACACACGCGGUCUGGUCAUCUUCAACAAACGUCGCCCGCCUUCCUAUCACGGCCUUCUAAAGAAUCUCGCCCUCUUAGGAACUUGCAAGCAAGUCAAAGAAGAAACGCAAGAAGCCUUGUACAGGACAUACUACUUCCGGGCCAGCUUCACCCUUCCCCCUCCACUAGUCUUCAGACCUCUAAUCUUGCGCUACUUCGAUGUCCCGGAGACCUACUUCCCAACCUCCUCGUCGUUCCCGCCAGCCUACGCGGGACAGCGCACUGAGUUCCUAAUCUUGACAUUCGACUGCAUGGACACCACGACGAUGUGGGGGUCUAAUCCGCUAGAAGAACGUGAGUCCUGCCAGGAGAUGGAAUAUUCCGAUCAUCCCGAUGACUACGAGCCUUCGGGCUGGUUCCGAGCGCUACAUUACAUGCCCGCUCUCAAACAGGUGCGCGUGCUGAUUAUGUACUCUGAACGCACGAAUGAGCGUUUGCAGAACUUCUUCAAGGGGGAGGUGAAGGAGGCGCCGUUGCUGAGACGAACGGUGCGAUCGCUGGUUGCUGCGGUUCCGAAGGGUGUGGAGAUUAAAUGGGGGAUCACAGAGGCAGAGGCUGCCAAGAUUUUUACGGACUUCUGGCAGUCCUUGAAAAUGAACUUUGAUAAGGUGUUGAAGCAGUGGGGGUUCACGUUUGCAGACAGGAAAGCGUUAGAAGGGUUGGCGGACGAGCUUGGAGACGGAGUGGAGCGGACGGAUGCGGAGGCGUUUGCUAGGGGCCAUGGUACUGAGGAGGGAGUUGAGGAGGCUAGGAACUCUGAAGGCUAUGGAGACUCUUAA